AUGGAAAACGAUGGAAAUGAAGUUGAGAUCCCUGGAGAUGAGGUGGUAACUGACCAUAUCCCUGAAGAUGAGUUGGUAACUAAGCAUAUCCCUGAAGAGGUGGUAACUAAGCAUAUACUUCCAUGGCUGCCCAUCAAACCGUUAAUACAAUACAAGCUUGUUUCUAAAAAUUGGAACGGUAUUAUCUCUUCCCCUAGUUUUAUUCUAAAACAUACCAAUCAACCUCUUAAGCAUCAUCCUGAUCUCCCUGUUGAAUCUCUUAUCAUACAGUAUGAUUUUAAGUUUUACAUCCUCUCCUACAAUCCUGAAACUCCUGAAAACACUGAUCUUGUUCAAUUAAAGGUUGAUUUUGGUGAUAAAUAUCUUAUGAUGGUUGGUUCUGAUAAGGGUUUAGUGUGUGUAGCUGACAAUCGUGGGGAAUUGUUUUGUCUUUACAAUCCGGCUACUAAUGAAAUCAACAAGUUUUACUCAGGUUUAAAGCAUACUAAUCAACGUUGUUUGUGGGGUUUUGGAUAUGUUUCUGCUGAAAAUGAUUUUAAAGUUGUUAGAAUUUUAUAUGUGUCCGAGGAUGAUGAUCAAGAAGAAAUCGAUCAAGAAAUAAAAAAUGUUGAUGUGUAUUCCCUAAGGUCUAACCUUUGGAAGAAUGUUGAUAUUGGGGUUUGGUUUGAGGAAGGUAUGGAAAUGUACCCGACACCAACUUUAGUCAACGAGACAGUGUAUUGGAGAUUAGAUAAUUACCAAGAUGAAAUGGUUAAGAUCAAUGAGCUAAUUGAUCGUUUGGUUGGGUUUAGUAAGACGGGUAAGAUUUUCUUAUCUCAUAUUCAAAGAGAAGGAACUGGAGGAAAAGGAAUUGCAAUUAUAAGCUUGCUUGGCCAAGGGGAGAGGCAAACACUUGUGACUCUUGGACCUGAGAUUUGGACUUUUAUGGUGAAAUAUGUCCCAAGUGAGAUUUCACCCCAUCCUUCAGCUCAAUGGCCCAAUGCACCAGCAGCAGCGCCACCAGCACCAGCACCAGCACCAGCACCAGCAGCAGAGCAUUAUGCAUUAUGA